AUGGGUGGUGACUUCCGUCAAAUUCUCCCUGUUAUUCCACGAGGUACAAGAGCUGAUAUUGUUAAUGCAUGCAUUAACUCUUCAUAUUUGUGGGAGUAUUGCACAAUUUUCCAUUUGACAAAGAAUAUGCGUUUGUCUUCAUCGUCAUCUAAUGAUAGUUGUGAUCGGAUACAAAAGUUUUCACAAUGGCUUUUGGACAUUGGUGAGGGUAAGGUAGGUAUGUCGCAUGAUGGUGUAGCAGAGAUAGAGAUACCAUCUGAAUUGUUGGUUGAUAGUUGUGAAGAACCAAUUUGUGCCAUUGUCUCAUCAACUUAUCCAGAUUUGUUCAGUAACUUGAGCAGUACCUCUUACUUCAAUGAUAGAGCCAUAUUAGCACCUACAAUUGAUGCUGUCAAUCAAAUCAAUGAAUAUAUGUGUACAAUGAUGCCUGGUGAUUCUGUUGACUACUUUAGUUGUGACUCAAUUUGCAAAACAUCUCAAGAUGAAGAUGGUGUUGAAGAUCUGUAUACUCCUGAUUUUUUGAACACUAUAAAUUGUUCUGGAUUACCAAUGCAUAAACUAACUUUGAAGGUCGGAAUGCCAGUCAUGCUAUUAAGGAAUAUUGAUCAAGCAUCUGGGUUAUGUAAUGGGACUAGGCUACGCAUUACUCAUCUUGGUAAAUCUGUUGUUGAGGCAGUGACAUUGAAUGGAUCUAGGCCAAAUGAGAAGGUUUUAAUACAUCGAAUGGAUAUGAAUCCUUCUGAUAGUUGUUUGCCAUUUAUCAUGAAACGAAGACAGUUUCCCAUUACUGUUUCAUUUGCCAUGACAAUUAAUAAAAGUCAAGAUGAUGUUGAUCUUCUUGAGUUUGAUGAUGUUCAUUGA